UGGAUUCAAACAGCUGCGUGGAAAUCAUUACACUUUACAUCCGGUUACAGUUUAAAUAGAGAACGCGCAACACGUAGAUGAUAUUCCUCAAAUUCUCGCGAGAACUCCCCGCUCCACAGAUUUGACCGUUUCUCUGAAGAAAAGCCUUGUAAUAUGACCGACUCAUCCCCCGAGCGUCCUCAGGCGGACCAGGACGGCGUGUUGGAGCUCAACAAAGAUUUAGAGAAGAUGACAGAAUGCGCUGAAAACAUGUCAGUGCAGUUGACCUGGAUGGCCUACGACCUGGUGGCCCUGCGGACCAGCCCCGAGGUGGGGGCCCUGCUGCAGGGGCUGGAGGAGGCGUAUCACCGCUGUAGAGCCGCUGUGUGUGGAGCCCGGAGCCGGGAGCCAGAUCCAGAGGACAGGGCUGAUCCCUCUCAGAUCUGAUGUGGUCCAGCUCACUGCUGCACGGAGACAAAGGGAGCAAAGCUGUCAAGGCAGAAUUAGAUCCAGCUGUUAUUGUGUUUUGUUCAAGUAAAUAUUGUAAUUGCUUUGGCGAUCUUAUUGUUAAGGGGGAAGCAGGAAGUUAUAUAUAACUGCUUCUGAGCACAUUCAAAUAAAUGUUUAUUUUAAAAACAAGUUAUGUACACUGUAGUAAUUUAAAAACCGUUGAUGUUAAAAUGGUGUGUUUGUUAUGUAAGUAACAGUCAUUUGA